AUGAUGAAGCCAAAAGACGAGCAUUUGCCCAUCAUUCUCCUGCCACCUGUGCUCCCAGAGCCAUACCAGGGCAAUGGCUCCGGCUCCAUGGCCGUGGACACUCCGCACUUGACGCCUGUCUUGCCCAUAUCAUAUGCGGUCGCGUCUGCAACCGCAUCGACGAUUGUACGUUUGGGCAAGGCACCGACGGCUGCGAUGACAGAGGCUGCGACCGCAACCUCGACGACAACAGCUCCAGUGCAGGCUCCUCGCUGCGGCGGCCGGAUGCGUGUGGGCAAAAAGGAUGCCCCUUCCAUUGCGACGCCUCCAACUGGCGUGUUCUACCCGCCCGGCGUUUGUGUCAAGGCUGCCAAGGCGGACGCGAUGAUCCAGAACAGCACCACCAUCAAACGCCGCAAGUCGCGAGCAAAACCCAAGGACAGUCUAGCUCCGGCCAAGUGUACGGCAAUUGCGGUUGAAACAGAGGCGGAAGUGAAGGUGGAGGAGAGACGGGAGAGGGAAGAUGCCAAACUGCGGGCGAAGCCUGCGAGAAGACCAAUGGCCAAGCAAAAGGAAAUGGCCGCAGUCCAGAAAGCGAAGAGUGCCAAGAAGGAAGAGCCCGUGCAGUAUACGAGACACAACCAACAGACCCCUACGGAGACACCUACGGGGGCGUACAUGCAGACCACGGAGAUGCACUAUACUGCCCCAAUGCCCAAUCUUGCCAGAAUCCGGAAUGACUUACGCGAAAGCAUUAUACAGAUGAUGUACGUCAGUGGCGAGACUGGCGAACCAUCUCUAGAGACACUCUCUAUUAUCGAAGAAAUUGUCCGGCAGCAGGUGAUUGAACUGCUACGAAGUUGCACGGAGCUAGCUGCACGGCGUGGAUCGCGGAGUAUCACCAUUAAUGAUCUCAUCUUCCAGAUCCGGCACGACGCGCCCAAGGUGUCACGCCUCCGCACCUUCUUAUCGUGGAAGGACGUGCGCAAGAACGUCAAGGACUCGGACGACAAGGGCGCCGAUGUGGACAUUGGCGGUGGCGAUGAUGUGGCCGGUGCGCCCAUAGCCGGUGCGCCCGUUGAAGAUGCGGCCAAGAAGAACAAGAAGAACAAGCAGGUCCUGCCGUGGGAACCUGUCUCCUAUUUCAACCAAGAGGUGCCCGAGCGCGACGAGGAGGAAGACGAGGAGGAGGAGGAGAUGAACUACAUUACACUGCAGCGCCUGCGCAAGGCAGACGAGCGCACCAAGGCGAUGACCCGGGAGGAGUACGUGACGUGGUCCGAAUAUCGACAGGCGUCGUUCACGUACCGCAAGAGCAAGCGCUUCCGCGAGUGGGCCGGCUUCGGCGUCGUUACCGACAGCAAGCCGUCCGACGACAUUGUCGACAUCCUGGGCUUUUUGACAUUCGAAAUGGUCCAGACGCUCACCGAAGAGGCGCUGCGCAUUAAGGACCACGAGGACCAGUGGAAGGAGCGCACAGGCGACGAGGCGCGCGGCUCCAAGAAGCGCAAGCUGGCCCAGGGCCUGUUCAAUCUGCCCGGCGAAGGGCGCACGCCCGUCGAGGUGAAGCACAUCCAAGAAGCCUUCCGGCGACUCCAGGUGCGCCAGAAAAAGUACCGCGCCAUGCUCAACGGCACGCGGCUGUCGUCGCGCCCAAGUCUCAAGCUGUUUUGA